ACUCUUUAUUCCUCGAGAAGCUACUAUAUUACUUAUGUUUAGUUAUUAGUCACAUAACUCACAUAUAUAUUCACAUAAGAUCUAAAACCUUAUAUUUGAGGCAUUCAUAUGGAAGAACCAUCCAUGAUCACUUCAUGUUGUGAUCUCCAAACCACCUCUCCCUCUACCUCCUCCUCCACCACCUCCGUCGCCACAAAAACUCGUACAAAAAGGCCGAAUGAGAAAAUUAGUAAUGAGGGUCGAAAAAAGAAGUGUACCGAAAAUUUUGAAGGAAAACACCCUACGUAUAGGGGUGUAAGGAUGAGGAAUUGGGGUAAAUGGGUAUCAGAAAUCCGCGAGCCUAAGAAAAAAUCAAGGAUAUGGCUAGGGACCUUCGCCACGGCUGAUAUGGCUGCUCGAGCCCAUGACGUGGCAGCCCUAGCCAUCAAGGGUCAUAAUGCAUACUUAAACUUCCCCGAGUUAGCCCAUCAACUUCCCAAGCCAUCUAGCACGGCUCCUAAGGAUAUCCAAGCCGCGGCUAUUAAAGCUGCCUUGGAUUUUCCCGACUCAUCACAAGCCGAGCCAUCAGCUCAAGCCGACUCCCCGGCUACAACAAUCACGUCAACAUCAUCCAACUACGACACAUCAUCAUCGGCUUCAUCAUCCAAUUAUGAUCAUACCUUUGACGACACAAUAUUUUUCAACUUGCCCGAUCUCUUCUUAGACCUUGAAAAUGUUAUUAAAUUGGAGAACUCGCUACACUGGCAGCUACCUGAAGCCGACGAGCCGCCAGCUCACAUUGAGGAUCAUCAGCCAACAAAUUUAUUCUUAUGGGAUUACUAGCAAAAUAUUAUCUAGGCUAAUUAAUUUUAUUAUUGACUUUUCAUCAUCCCCUGCAUAAAAAUUUGGUAAAUUAGUUUUGGCAUUAUUAUUAAAAUCGUACAUUUUACCACUUUUGAUCCAAUUAUAGACAAAAAUUGUGGCAAUUUGAGUGGUCAAAUUUGGGAGAGCUAGAAGCUAAGCUAUGCUAAGCUAUCACUUUGUGGCGUGUGUAUGAAGGGAUGAAGCUAUGAUGGUUAAUUUCGUGCGACUCAAUUAUACUCUGCCAAAGGAAAGGUGCCUUCAAUUUUUUUUUCUUAACUAACUUUCAUUUAUUACAAUGUUGAGUGAUAUUUAGAAAUUGUAUGUGAGAUGUAAAACAUAUAGAUUUUUUAAUUUUUUUUUUUUAAUUUUUUUAUUAUUACGGGUUUUAUUUUAGGGUUUAUUUUUCUUUUUAUUUUAGCAAAAAAAAAUCUACUCGUAUUAGCUAGGAGUUUAUUUACUAUUUAGAGCGCAUAUGUACGUAAUUUUAGUCUUACCAUACAUGAAAAUAAAUUAGUUUUGUAAAUAAUCUAUCUAAAUAUUUUUUGCACUUGUAGCUAGUCCAAUCAAUUGUAAGAAAAUGAUUCCUUUUCGGAAGCAAUUCUUCUAGAAUGCGAAGGACAUUUUUUUUUUUUUGGUUGUUUAGAGAGCUACAAGGGCGAGUGAUAUGAAUCGAUCCCAUUAUUGCCCGGAAUCGGGAGGAGAGCUCUAACCACUUGAACCAUUCCUCACUCUCUGCGAAGGACAUUUUUCUAAGGAAUUAAUUGUUUAUGAUGAUAUAACUCGUCUCCAUAGUAUCAAUUUUCAAUUUGUUCUAGCUAUUUAGGUCAUAUUAUUCAGCUUAAAUUCACCUAUUUUUUUGGGGGAAAAAAUACAGUUAAAUUUAAAUUAGUGAAAUCACGGAGUAUGUAACAAAGUGUAUGAUUGAAGCUCAAAUAAAAGUGAAAUUAUACUAUGUAAAAAUUCAAUCUCAUUUUGCUAUCGUUGUCGUAUAGUAGUAUACUUGUAAGGUAAGAAUGUAUACCACUUUGUGGUUAUUGGCUAAUCAAAGAG